AUGAACGCGCCUCUCACAAUGCACCAGUACGGUGCACCGGGUGGAGCACACGGCGCUCCAUCGUCGCAUCGACCGCUCAUCACGCAGCACCGCACCGCCGCACCCUCGUCGUCAUCGCCCGCCGACUUUAUCCACAACGAGUUCAGCUUCGAGCACUACGUCAAGGCCAACCUCGGCGUCAAGCUGGACAACGACGCACAGAUCUGCCCCGACUACGCCGAGCGUCUGCAGUGUCCGCGCGGCGCCGCGUGUCCACGACGUCACGUCAAGCCGAGCCAGCUCAACUUCUUGCCGCACGGUUCCAACGCGCUGCGCGAUCCCAACAAGCGCACCGUAUGCAAGCACUGGCUCAGAGGGCUGUGCAAGAAGGGCGAGCAGUGCGACUACCUCCACGAGUACGACAUGCGCAGGAUCCCCGAGUGCCGCUUCUACGCCACCUUUGGAUUCUGCAACAGCGGAGACGACUGCCUCUACCUCCACGUCGACCCCGCCAUCAAGCGCAGAGAGUGCGAACGGUACAACCGCGGAUUCUGCCCAAAGGGACCGCUCUGCCCCAAGAAGCACAUCCGACGCAUCGCCUGCCCCCUCUACCUCGCCGGCUUCUGCCCACAAGGCGCCGAGUGUCCACGCGGACACAUCAAGAGCAUGCCGCCUUCCACAUCGUCACGCUCCAAUUCACCCAUCUUGACCCACCGGCCACUCACCGCCGCAGAAGCAUUCGGCAUGGGCGGCGGACGCGACGACUUUGGCGACGCCGGCAGGCGCGACCGUGGCAUGCCCGGUCGAUACGGCGCACCGGGCGGAGGAGGUGAUGCAGCUUCAGCCAUGCCACGCAGACCCAACAACGGCUUUGCUGGUGGUGCACCACAGGGAGGACAGGAUGCAGGACGCGGCUGGAAGAAGGAUCUGUCGGAAGUGCUCUGCUUCAAGUGCGGCGACUACGGCCACUUUGCCAACAUGUGUCCCAACCCCAAUCGUCCGGGCAAUCGUGGAGGCAUGGAGCGUGGUCCCGGCGGCGGUGCUCGUCGAGGGCGGCCGUACUAG